AUGAUAUUAGGCGAAUCAAUGACGGGAAGAUCGUGGCCUGGUGGCGCAGUGGGUAACGCGUCAGUCUACGGAGUACAAACAUUGCUUUGGCAAACAAGAAUUUACAGUAAUGAUAGCAGACGACGUUUCCUGCGUUAUGUUUUUCGACGAAAACAGUGUACAGUAAUAUUAUUCCUGCAAAUAGCUGUAUUAAUUCUUCUUCUUAUUAUUAUUGUUGUAUUACAUCAUUCGACUAAUAAGCUUAAUGAAAAAUAUUUGCGAUUAAGUCGUGAAAAUGAUAUAUUAGCUCAGUAUGCAAAUUUCUCGGCCUUCUUCUCAUGCGAAUAUUAUCCGCCUGCUGAAUAUGAUGUUUCAGAGUGCGGAUGGGCAAGCGAUGAAUCGUCUUUUAUGAUACGAUACUAUCAGCAACGUACGGAUAAUAACAAAUGCGCAUCACUGCUUGACAUAAUCCCAUGUGAUCUGAAAUAUCCACCGUCAUAUAAACAAUGGCAAAAUGUAUUUAAAAAUAAAAUAUUGAAUACAAGUAAUUUCAUAAGCAAAUAUCGUCCAUGUCCAGGCAUUUUUAAUAAUACCAUUGGCAAGUAUGGUAUAUCUCCGCAAACUCCAAUUCUGGCACCGAAAAUUAAAAAUAUGAAUCAAUUAGAUCAGGGAUUUAUGCUUCGUCCAAAAGAUUUUAUUAUGCGUUGCCCGAUAUGCAUGAUCAGCAGCAGAUUUUCUUCGGCGGUAAAUAUAUUCGAUGAUAGGAAUAUGCAAAAAAAUUAUUGCGCUCGAAGUGUUAAAACGUUGCGUGAAGGUUGGCCACAAGAAGAAAUGGCUUGCGACGAGAUUGAAAAUCAUCAGUUUGAAGAAUUUUGCAACAUACAUGAUGCUAUCAUGAAUAAAAUACGCGAUAUCAGAACCCCUGUUAUUGAUACUGAAGCAAAUUACAAUGAAGAUUUUGACUAA